CGGCUUCGCUUUCGGCAGGGCCUUCGCAGCUCUCCACGCCUGCCUGUCUCCUGUUUUCCAGACCAGAAGGGGGAGAACGUAAACUCGCUAGCUAAGAGACCCACCGGUCCGUCUUCAUCUCGUUUUCCGCGAGCUUCCCUCCGUUAUCUCGGCGAACGUUAUCCACCUCCGGUUUCCUCCUCGACCUCGUUCUUCCUCUUCCCUCCUCUCCCCCUCUCCUCUCUGUCUUUCUCUCUUUCUCUCUCUCUUUCUCUCUCUCCCCUUCGACAGAGAGUCUCCAUCGGACUCUCCUCCGUUUCUCCUCCUCCUCCUCCUCCUCUUCUUCUUCUUCUUCUUCUUCUUCUUCCUCGCACAUUCUCAUAUACCUGGCAUACACACUGGUACACAUCAGUUCAGUUUCAUCCUCAGCCGUCACUCUUCUGUCGGCUCUUCGUUCUUCCUUCUUCCUUCUUCUCGCUCGUUCUUCUCCGCUGCGCAGAGUGUGUGCUUCGACCGGGAAUACCAUCGGAAUCGGCGAACGAACGAAAACACGCAGCCACGGAGAGAGAGAGAGAGAUCUCGGUCGCGGGAUGACUCGAAAAAAAUGUGCGUCGUACCGAUGUGGCUGACGAGGCUGGAAUCAGGCCUCGCUUGUUCCACGGUAGCUCUUAGAGGAUGCACAAGCUAGCCAAGGGCCUGAAAAAGAAGAAAAAGCAGAAGAAGGGCAAGAAGGGGGCAGAGGAGGACGAGUUCGACCCGGAGGAGCUCGAGCGUUAUAGGCGCGAGCGGGCGGAGGCCCAGCAGAAAGCCGAGGAUACCGGCGAGCAGGCCAGCAACGCCAGCUCCGACGAGUGGAAGAAGUUCGAGGCGUUGACCGCCGGUGUCGACUCGAUCCUCAAGAAGACACAGGGUGACCUCGACCGUAUAAAGUCCACGUCCUUCUUCCAACGGAAACCGCCGCUAGAGGACGAGAAGAGAGAGCAGCAGGAGGAGGAGGAGGACCAAGAGGAACCGAGUAGCAAAAAGUCGUCGAAAAAGUGGGUGGGCUUCGACGAGGAGGGCAAUCCGAUCGAGGAGGAGCCACCGGACUUCGAGUGGAAGGGCAAGAAGGAGGAGAAGCCUCUGGUGAACGAGGACGGUUUCGUCGAGAUCCCGGACGACGAGGAUGAACGCGAGGACUCCGUCGAGGAGGACAUAUUCGACACGACGUACGUCGACGUUCUCCAGAACAUCGACGUUCAACUAGCUUACAUACCCGACAGCCCGACCGAGGAGGAAACCGGUGACGAUCCGUUCGACACCACAAGCGCGGACAAGGUAUUAAAGACAGUCGACAAGAGGGGGAAGAAGUUGGUGAGUUUAGGGAACGCGGUAGAGGUUCUUGCCGGACGGAUCGAUUACGUGAGCUCGUGCAAGAUCACCAAAGGCAGGCGGCCUAGGCUUCAACAGGAUUUGCUGUUGGACGAUUUCGAGGAGCCGGAGCAACCGGUGGACGGUGACAACGUAGUCGCAGAGCCGGUGGAGGCAGAGAAAACCUUGCUCGACGACGACAGCGAUCUUCCGGACAUUCCCGUCAAUCUCACCAAGCUACCUCCCGUUCUGCCAAGGCCGGUCAGCCCGGCUGCGAACCAAGAGAACGUCGCUGAGAACAAGUCGUCGUCGUCCGAACAAGUCGGACCUCUGGACAUUUCCGAGUUCGAGGUGCUGAAGGAGAAGACGAUCUUGGAAGAGAUCCCCGACUUGGACGACGCGGAGUUCGACCUUCAGGCGGCGCCAGAUGAACCGGCGCGUCUCGAGGAGGUUGACGAUCCUUUCAAGCCCAAGGAACCGGAGGCUGUAGACUUCCAGGCGGAGAUAAUCGAGGCGAGCUUCGAGGCGGCGACGUUCGUCGACGAGGAGGACCCGUUCGACACCACCUUCGCCGAGAAUAUCCUUCCUGGUAAAACAGAGUUGAAGUUCAUCGAGAAGGAGCUCGAGGAGCUGCCGGUUUCCGAGGUGACGAUAUCGUUGACAGACCCCGCCGGAUUGAACAGAGACUACGAGACGGGAUUGCUGAAGGAGGAGAAUGGAGCGAAGGUCUGCAACGGUCUGCAAGGUAAGAAGGAUCUGUUAGGAGGAUCUACCACUGAUCUCAGUCAACUCGCCGACGAGCCGAUAGCCCCGGUGGAGGACAUCACCUACGUGGAUCCGUUCGACACCUCCGCUGUUAAAGAGAUCCCUCCUGGCAAGACGGAGUUGAAGUUCCUCGAGAAGGAGCUGCUUGGCGAACAACCGGACGUUUCCAUUUCUCUGGACGACGACGACUUUGAUCCAAGGAAGGACGAGCAGCCGGUUGAAACGGCUGCUGUCAAGCUACCGCCGAGGCCACCACUUCCAGCAGCUCCUGCCAAGCCAACCUUCCAGGUCGAGUUCGAGGAAGAGGAGGAGAACAGCGGCGAGGCAGCCGAUCGUGGUCGAAGAUCUUCGAGGCCAGAGGUACUCGAGUUAGCGCCUUCGAAGGCUGUCGCCUUCGAGUUGCCCACGCCGUCCAAACGACCGGAUCUACUCGCCACCACCGACGAGGAGAAGGCUCUGCCAUCGAAGCCUCUCACGCCUUACUACUCCCAAAAGUCCAUCGACGAUUUGUUACCGAUACAGGAGGAGGAAGCCGAUGUCGACCCGUUCGACACCAGCUUCGUAGCCAAGGUCGCGCCUGGGAAGACAGAGCUGAAGCUGAUCGAGUCGGAGUUGUUGAAACAAGAGCCGAGGCUACCGCACAGCCUGAGCGACCACGAGUUCGAUCCGCGCGCCGGCGAGCAACACACGAGAAGGCAGAGCGAUUUCACGGCCAGCACGAUCAGGCCGAAUAAUCUGAAGUUCAACGAGCUUCAGGACACCGUGUUGAGGAAGUUCGAGGAGCAGAGUAAGCCGAAGUUGCAGGAGAGACAGGAGAGUCUGCUGGACGAGAAGAUCGAGGUGGAUGCGAAGCCCCUGACGCCGAGAAUCGAGUCGAAGCCGAUCGAGGAGGAAGAGAUCUCCUACGCCGACCCCUUCGACACAUCCAUCGCCACUAACAUCCUCCCCGGCAAGACAGAGUUGAAGAUCCUCGAGAGCGAGUUGGAACAGAUCCCCGGUGAGAUUGCCGUUCGUCCCGUGCCGAUUUCGUUGACGGCGAUCAUCAAGACCAGCGUCCCCGAGGUCGAUCCUGACUUCGACCCGAGGGCGGAGGAGAGGACGAAGGAGUCCACGGAUUAUCUGUGCAUCGACGAUCAAGAUCCUGGAGCGAAGGUACUCACACCUUUGCAGAACGAGAAUUUCGGCUUACCAGAGGACGUGGAUCCUUUCGACACGAGUUUCGCCACUCUAGGGCCGGGGAAGACCGAGCUGAAGAUACUCGAGUCCGAAUUAAUGGAGAAGUCGUCGAGCAACAUGGAUUCCAAGGGAGGGAAUCCUUUCUUGAUGGACGACUACGGGGUCGAGCCGACCGACAACAGGAUGGCCAACCAAGCGUCGAACCCUUUCCUCCAGGAUUUCACGGACGCGGGCACGACCGGCGGCGGGGAGAAUCCUUUCCUGAACUUCGGCGCAGACCAAUCAUCUUAUCAGUCAUCGGCCAUCACCGUCGACUCGACGAAUCCGUUCGCCUCUUUCGCCAUGGAAACCACCGCGCCGAGCACUGGUUUCGAGACCACCACCACCACCACCACCGACGACGCGACUGCUAACAUAUUCUCUACCGAGUCUAACAACAUAUUCGCCACAACCGACGACGAGUCGAGCGCGAAUCUCUUCGACGCGCCGAUCUCCUCUCAAGGGAGCGACGAACUGUUCGGCCAGGAGUUGCAGUCUGCACCUCCGCCGUCUCCGGCGGUGCCCAUUACACCACCUCAAGCCAAGAAUGGCAGGCCUGCACCGUCCAGACCGCCCCCGCCCAGACCUCAACCACCGGCGCCUCCUAAAAACACCAAAGACUUGAUUCUGUCAGUUACCGGAGCCAUGGAUGCUACGUCUAAUCACCUUCUGGAUCGAUUACAGGCAACGAGAACGCCGAGUCCAACGCUGAUGCACUCACCGUCGCCAACCCCGGAACACAGUUACGCCGACUUCCUGGACGUGGACUCGAACGUACCGGACCUCAUGUCCGACGACAGCAAAUCGGUGGCAGAGCCGCCGAAGAACCGCGACAUUCUGGACCUGUUCGACGCCCCGAAUACAGACACGACGACCACCACCAUAUUCUCCUCUUCGAUGACCACCGAGGACACCACCAAUUUGGUGACAGGGGUGCCUCUGAUCAGUGCUACCACCGCCCAAGAGAAUCCAUUCGUCAGCAUCACGGAGCAGGCAGCGUCGCCCACUCAGGCCGAGGACAGUUUCAAGUCAGACUUCCCGGACACAGCGUCUGUGACCAGCGAGAAGAGAGCCUCUAUAGCUUCAACGACCGGUGUUAUCGGAAGCGACACCGAGAAGGCUGGCAUCGAUUUGGAUUUCGCUACAGAAUCGCCCGUUAUCUCGGAAACUAUGCAGUCGUCCGCUACCGGCGCUGAAUUGUUCGCCACCCACGAGCAACCGGCGACUACCGAGUCAGCGUUCUUCUCCGUUGCCGACACAACAACGUCUUCUGGACCGUUCGGAGCCGCGGAUACCGCGGCGACGCCUUUCACAACGUCCAUGCAAACGCCUAGCACGCAGCCUCUCUUCGCAAGCACGGAUAUCACUGUGGCAACCAGCGAACCCACUGGACCAUUUGCUUCUGAUUUGCUUGGCGAUUUCGGCGAGCCCGCCAAGGACACCAGCGGCGUGACCAGCCCGAUUCCUGGAGCUGAGUUCCCCGCCAGCGAGGCGUACAAGCCCGAGGAGCAGCUGGAUAAUUUUGCAGCAACCACGAAAGCAGCACACAUUGAGAGCACCGGGGACGCUUUUGAUAUUUUCGCCUCCAAGUUCGAUAAAGCUGCCGAGCAGGAAACUGGCGGCGGUGAUCCUUUCUUAGAUGCCUUUGGCGGCGGGCCUACUGCCAUGGACACGUCCAGCGAUGUUUGGGGUGAUUCGUCUGCCACCGGGUCAGAGACAGCAGUGACCGGAUUCGGUGAAGCUGAUGGGUUUGAUUCGUUCCUGAGUAUGACUGCCCCUCCUCCAGAACCAACUGUAAAGAGAACCGAGUCUGUAGAAUCGGAUGCGGGACCAGAUUUCAGUGUAUUUAUUAAACCUAAAGAGGAUGACCAAGGCGGAGCAAUGGAAGGAGGAGCUGUCCCUGCGUUAGCGCCACCGCCAAAGAGUCCACAGAACACUGCUUACGCCGAUACCUCGCCACGAUUCAAUCCCUUCGACAAAUCAGGAUUCGCACAGGAUGCUAUCCCCACUACAGAAGUUGUUCAACCUGCUGAAAUCACUAGGACCGAUUCUCAGGAAACGCCUCCAACUCCCCUGUUCGACGAAGACGUUAGCCAACCUUUGGAAGAUUUCCCAAGAGUGACGUAUACCGGUGAUGGUUGGGAAAUGCAUCUACGCCAGCCUAACAAGAAGAAGAUCACCGGCCAACGAUUCUGGAAGAAGAUCUUCGUGAAGUUGGUCUACCAAGGUGACAAUCCUGUACUCCAGUUGUUUAACAGCAGGGAUGACAAGGAUCCCUUCCAAGAAUUACCUCUAGUCCCUUCUUACUCGAUAUCUGACAUCGGGGCGCAACAAUUUGAUCAGUAUGGGAAGAUAUUCACGGUGAAGUUGCAAUAUAUUUUCUACAAGGAGCGGCCUGGAGUACGACCUGGCCAAGUGACAAAGGCGGAAAGGUUAACAAACAAAUUGAGUCAGUUCGCCGCCUACGCCAUUCAGGGUGAUUAUCAAGGGGUGAAGGAGUUUGGAAGCGAUCUGAGGAAGCUUGGUCUUCCCGUGGAACACGCGCCACAAAUCUCUCAGUUGUUCAAGCUCGGAUCUCAAAACUACGAGGACAUGAAGCAGUUCUCUUGCGCGAUCGAGGAAGCUCUAUUCAGGCUGCCGGCUCAUCGAGAUCGGGCGCUCAGUUAUAAGACGGAGGAUGUGCAAAUUACGGUCGUGGAUGAAUUGUACGUGGAGCAGAACGCGCAGGGUCAAGUUGAGAAGCAAAUAGCGCGUGUUCGAUUGUUCUUCUUGGGCUUCCUUUCUGGAAUGCCCGACGUUGAGUUGGGGAUAAACGACAUGUGGCGCCAAGGGAAAGAGGUCGUAGGCAGGCACGAUAUAAUCCCAGUGGUGACCGAAGAAUGGAUCCGUCUGGAGAACGUUGAGUUCCACUCUUGCGUUCAGCAGGACGAGUACGAGAAAUCUAGAAUUAUAAAGUUCAAGCCACCGGAUGCAUGCUAUAUCGAACUUAUGAGAUUCCGAGUAAGGCCUCCUAAAAACAGAGAGCUUCCCCUCCAGCUUAAAGCCGUAAUGUGCGUUACCGGUAACAAGGUAGAACUAAGGGCUGACAUUCUCGUGCCGGGAUUCGCGUCGCGGAAACUGGGCCAAGUGCCCUGCGAGGACGUGAUGGUCCGUUUCCCUAUUCCGGAGUGCUGGAUCUACUUGUUCAGGGUGGAAAAACACUUUAGAUACGGAUCCGUGAAGUCAGCUCACAGGAGGACGGGAAAGAUCAAGGGUAUCGAGAGAUUUCUCGGCGCGGUUGACAAUCUGGAACCUCAGCUGAUGGAGGUGACGUCCGGGCAAGCGAAAUACGAGCAUCAACAUCGUGCUAUUGUCUGGAGAAUGCCUAGGUUACCAAAAGAAGGCCAAGGAGCAUACACGACGCACCAGUUGAUCUGUCGAAUGGCCCUAACUUCCUACGAUCAGAUCCCCGAAAAUCUAUCCGAAUAUUGUUACGUGGAGUUCACAAUGCCAGCGACCCAGGUGUCCCACACGACGGCGAGGAGCGUCAGUUUUCAGAACUACGACGGCGACAACCCACCGGAGAAAUACGUCAGGAAUUUGUCGCGACACGAGUACAGAGUUGGAAUCGAGCAUACGCAAGGUGAAGGGCCAGGGGCGUACGUGUCCGCGACGUAUUCGAGGAAAAUUCCGGAAACGACGCCGGAGACCCAAGGGGAGGCUUCAGACGCCGGCGCGGAAUCGGAUUCCGAUUCCUCCGAGUAGAAAGAAACGAUAAUGAAAAAAGAAAAGAAAUUCAAAUUCAGUCUCGCAUAAGGUAACCUGUAACGCGUACGAAACUUAAGGAGAAUUACCCGUUAAUGCUAAGGUGUAUACAGAAAGCGAAAACGAUGCCUGUGACUUGACGUUCUGGCGUUUCGCGAAUCGCUGCUCAACGCCGGCGAGUAAUGUUCCGAACAAGCGCAAGUUGUAAUAAUCGCGUUUAGAAAGUAUCCUUGCGUAUAAGCUUCGAACGCACAUCAGUAUUAAAAGGAUAAAUUGAUCGGGGCUGAGAUGGUUCGGUAAGACAGGUUGAAAUAAAUUAGGUUGGUAGCGACGCGCGGAACGCCAGCGUCGACGCGUGUUCAUGUAACGCAUAACAGUUAACGAAUUGUACGUAUGUGAAAGGAGUAAUUUGUAAGGGAGGACAAUACCGAUUUUACGUUCAGUUUAGCUUGCUAAGUAGUAAUAUACGCACUCGCAGUGAAAGGCUUUGCUCUGCUCAGGCUAUUUCAAAGACGGAUUAACGAUUGUUAGCUGUUGAAGAGAUUCAGUGAAACGGUGAAAUUGUGUACAAUUUGGAUAAAUAAUACUAUUUUUCUUUUCUUUAUAAUUUUAACCAUUUUUCCAACUUAAAAAAAAAAGAAAAAAAGAAACAAAUGUCGCUCGUACUCGUGUAGACGUUUGGCUAGUUCAUUGUCGUAUUAAUUUCCGAUUGUUUCAAUUCCAGCGGUCGAAGUGUUUCGCUUAAUUAUUAACGAUUCUAUCGUAUCAACACGACGGUCAGAGGACAAUAAUUGUUAAUUAAAGAAAAAAGGAAAAAAAAGUCGUUAUAAAUUCGGAGGAACGUGCAGCGCAUACCUUAUCGUUUGAGCUUGCAGAUGAUCUAUAUCAAAUGUUAACUAGUCGUUUCCGAAUGGUAGAUUUAUCCAGAUUAAUCAUCGGUUAUUAGACACGUAAGUAAAUAACGAUAAAAAGAGAAAAAAAAAACAGAUAUCCUGGUAAACUUUUCGCCAAGAGAGGCGAGAGAGGGCGUAUGCAUUAUUUGUAACUAUAAUUAUUAAACGCGACGCAUGGGAGAGACUGCAAUUCAUUGAUAUCUAGUCUUUAAUGACGUUUCGUUCUUGUACGAGCUGCAAGAAUAUGUUCAAACGCUUUGCAAACCGAUAUAUCUAAGACCUAGUUGUAAGUUUUCGUUCGACGCUUUUCUUCGUUUCUUUUCUUUUCUUUUUUUCUUUCUUUUUUUCAAAGAAAUCUCACACCGUUGGCGUGAAACGGUCGCUAGUUAAAAAGAAAAAAGUAUUCCGCGUAAAAUUAUUCGUCAUAAGGCUAAGAGAACAAAAAGAUCUAUUUAACUAUGUAAUAGCAUGUAAGACGAACGAUGCGAAGAGAUGAUUAUUGAUAAUUUUACAUAAGGCGAACGAAGGAUCUAGACACGUAAGUUUCCGUUGAGAUUUUUGUCGAGUUUUUAGUUGGAAAUUUUUCAUCCUGCAAAGGAAAUCAGAAGAGUCUAUUCUAGUCCUUAGCUUGUAAGACGAUCGUAUGACAUGUCAGGUGUUUAUUCACUGGUCAUACGUUAUGUUAAGUGCUACUUAGGUUAACGAUAAUCCUAAUCGAUUUCGCGUAGAAGGAAAUAUGUCUGGCGACAUGCCAAGUAACGUGUAGACUAGAACUAGCGCUAUGAAUUAACGUCGUCGAUUAUAGAUUGUCGCUCUGAUCCGUGUCAAUGCGAAUAUUGAAUCAGAUUGUUCAGAAAAUUCGUAGCGAGAAGACAGAUAAGAAAGAUUAAAUGAAAUGACAAUCGGAUGUUUUCUUGAAAAAUGUUCGCCUUCCGCGCCCUCAGUGAGAAUUCGUUCGAAUAAUCCUUACAACGUUUUUGAAACAACGUCUCAUUAACUUCUGAAUAAAUAUAGAAGCAAAGAGUAUACUCGCAAUAAUGAGUAUACUCUAGUCUCACUGAUGAAAAGAAAAAUCUACUUUAUUAACGAAUUCGUUUUGGCAUCCAACUACCAGCUGUAUGCUUCUCAAAUUGGCUUCUCAGAUUUCUAAAAUAAAAACGAUCUACGAACUUUUUGAAUAACCUGAUCUAUAUGCAAUCUUAUACUGUGUUUUAAAUUUGUUUUAGUCCAGUCAAAGUCAUGCAUUAUACAUCAGACAAUACCGCUUAAUAGUGCCAGCGAAUAACUUUUCCUGAAACAGAGAUAUUGAUAUACUUAAUUAAUUAAAUAAUCUACAAGACUGCGUAAUACAUAUAAAUGUAUAUCUGUGUGUGUACUUACAUAGAAACGUUGCGAUCUCGUACUUUGAAACAGUGCAAAGCUUUUCCACUUGCGGACGGUCUGUUUGCGUUGGUACAUUAAAUGAAUUCCCGAGAGGAUCUUUCCUCGCGAAAAAUUCGUCUCGGGACUUGACGUUUCCAGCUCGUGAUCUCAACUGCGUGUAAUAUCGUACUCAUAGUGCGGUAUCCAAGGCGGCGAAUUUUGUGUAUCUAAAGGGAAAGAUUCAUUUAAUAAGCACACGAUGCAUGUAUAGAUAUAUCUUAGGAACGGUAUUUAAAAUUAGAAGUAACGUGUGACAUUGGCAAGCCUAUUGAUGUUUGAAGAGUGUGAAUCUGAAACGAUGAACGAAUGGACGAAAGCAAAUGGGGGAGGCAUUCGAAUUUUCUUCGUCCCUGCGGGGAGGUCGUACGGUGAAACUUCAAUCUUGGACAGAGACAAAAUUUCCUUCUCAUUUUACUUUACGCGUUGUCGUAAAGAAAAUUAUUCAAGGUUUAUCAUCAGACAUUCGUCCAAUAUCACGAAAGUGUAUAUUUUAUCUUCUAUCGUCGAGACAAAAUUUUCGUUGAAGAAUGACUUACUAGGUUAUACGUCAAGAAGUUCAUCCGGAAACAACAGUUAUUUAUUUCUCGUAUGAAAAUGAAGUUCUGUUACUCACGUUGAUUCGAAGAGAGUUUAGCAUUUUGAAAUAGAUCUGUAAUUGCGAGCAACUGGGUUUCUUUUGACAUUAUUGUUAGAGGUAGAAACAUGUCGAUAAUGUAGAUCCCUGUCGAAUCUAUACGACCUCCGUUCGUUGUUGCUCCAAAAAAAAAAAGAAAAAAAAAAAAGAAAAAAGAAAAAAAAUAACUAUCACUAUCCCAAGUUAAACUUACUCGCGCGUUUACAUGCAUAUAAUUAUUAAACUAUAGUAGAUUUUAGACAUAAUCCUGUUAACUCGGAUCUGUAAUGGUUAAUUGUAAAGGGAGACAUUAGUAGCGUCGUUGUUGUUCUUACAAUUAUUGCUAAACGAAGGAGAGAAAAAAAAAGAAGUGAAACAAAAAUGUUCUGUACAGGUAAAGAGAGUCUGUAAAGUGAUUGCAGUUAACCGUGUCGUGGUAAGAUCGAUAACUAAUAGAAUUUAGAAGUGAACGUCCGUUGUAGUACGAAACGAGCAAUGAAGGAACAAAAACCCCUUGAACAUGCAUUUUUGCCUUCCCGCGCCAAUUUUUCUGGCCGCUACAACAGUGAUCGACCGAUAAUACAGUUUUGUCCGUUUUUAUCGAUCGUUGAAAAAACGUGGUAAAUUUUUUACAAGAGCUGUAACCUAUUAACCGUGUAACAUAUUUAUUUUACGUUUACUUUACUUGUGUCAUUUCUUCCAGCUAUUGAUCAACAUAAUUUCUCAACCUCUUUACCGAGUGCAACAUCAACGAAAAACAGAGUCGAGAAAAAACGUCAGUCGUUUACGAAAGACAAAAAAAUCUUGGAAUACGACAGAAAAAGCUACAGAACACAUAACUGCUUUAGUUUGUCACUGGUAUUUAUAUGAUUUUAUUAACAUUUCAGAGAUUCCGUUGACGUUUAGUACGAUAUGCACGAACUUUGAUCUCGAAAAGCAAUGUGAAAGGAAUAUAAGGGGGAGGAAAAAAAAAAAUGUUUCAUUACGAUUGUUACGAAUGAUUUAACGAUUGUUACGAAUAAUUUCUGAUGGCAUCGAAUCUUGAAGUAUAAGAAGAAAAAAUGAUCGAGAGUGUGAAAACAUUCCCU